CCCUUUUUUUUUUUUUUGUCCCCUCGAGGAAAGGAAGGUUCCCGAAGGGAAAAAAAAAACGUCAUAAAGAGAUCUCUUUUCACUCUCCUUCGCCAACUUGGUCCUCCCGACCUUCCCCCUUCUCCAUCCUCUCUAGGAGACGCUCUCCUGGAAUACGAGAAUUUCCUGAUGAUUGUCUGAUUGCCCAUCCGUUUUCAUCAUGGGGAGAAUCAAGAAGGUUGCGAGCCAAAAACAUGAGGCUACUAUUUCCCCUUACCUCUCAGAUUUUGUAGCCCGUGCAAUAACUAUCCCGGUUCCAGAGCUUCCUUCGCACCUCAGCACAUUUUCUCGCAUAUGGCCCUUCCCCCGAGGUGAUCUGUAUCACUGGAUCAAUGUUCUGAAUCGCUUUGAUGAAAUUCUUGCUUCGGUUAUUGAACGGUACAACCUUGGAAAUGGCCCUCAAACAACGCCUUUUGGCAGAGGAUCCCUGGUACACUGUUAUACAAGCGAAGACCCCAAGUUAAGCCCGUGGGAUAUCGAGGCUAAACUUGCGGCACUGGGCUAUGGCCCUGACGGAGACAGGGAACUUGUGGAAGCCGUGCUCGACUUCUCGAAGCUUUUACUCGAGAAGUGCGGUAACCGCAGCUUGUACAAUAGCAGUGAACGCCUAGGGGAGCUGCUAAACACCACUUCGCUCUCCCUUCUGCAAUCUACGCUUCGUUUGUCGCUCUCUUUGGCACAGAGGUAUCAUUCUCGUCAACGAGGUGGCUCUCAUCUGCAGCAGAGCUUGCUGGCUGCUCAUUACAACAUUGAUUUGGAGAAACUUCAGAGAAUUGCAGCGCCUUUCCCACGUCCUGCUAUUCCCGGUUGUGCUUCUACGUCUCCCUCGGCCGGCAAAGGCAAGGAUAAAGGGCCCCAGACUACUCACAAUGCCAACGAUCUUACGUCUCUUAUACGGGAAACCGAUGCUUGGGAUGAGUGGGCCAACGUGCGUCUUCUCUACUAUCCGUCCGGCUCGACUGAGCAGGUCAAAUCGUCCCUGGAAAGUGACCUAGGUGGUUCGUCCGUGCAGCCUCCCUCCACUCCUACGCCCUUGCGCCGAAGCCAUACUCAUUCAACUCCUCGACUAAACCGUAUCCCGACGGCUGACGACUCCCCUGCGUCUGCUAUUAAUAUUCCCACUGCAAAGCCGGAAGAGACGCUCCGGGGAGGAACAACUCUUGGAGUGCCUGCCUCAAAGGUAUCUUCUUCGAAGGUUGAGGAUAUUAUCGCGUCACUUUCUGAGGAGGUGCCCGACGACUCAAAGUAUGAGUUACUUCAUAGAGUGCGUACUGCGAAAGCGCUGGCCACAUCCCGCUCAACCCGAGAACAAAUUCUUGCCAUUCGAAUUCUCGCAAUCACAAACCUGGCUUAUAUUUACCCUGAGCCACUGUUCCAGCAGAAAAUUCUUCAAUAUGAUAUGGAGCAGCCAAAACGUCUCCAACUCGCCUACCAGUUAGCCGAGGUGGUUCAUUUAGGAGCAAGUGGCGAUCUUAUGGUCCCCCGCCCAGUCCAGACAUUGGCUAUCCAAGCUCUUGAUGCUCUUGCAAAACACAAGGCGCGGGCUAUUGAUAUUUGUGCGGCACUGAGCGUGAACGUGAAUCAUGGAGUGCUGAUGUUCUUGACUCGGAAGGCUGUCAAUGAACUCGGCCAGGAUGAUAAUGAGAAUGACGGUGGCAACCAGGAUGAAUGGCGAGAUGCUCUGCUUGCCUUGCUGCGAACCCUUCCGGGAUCAAGCACUAGGACACCCGAAACUCUUGUAGCUGCUGGCUUAAUCCCCAUGCUUGUGGAUGUUCUGAAUCUUAGGACCGAGAAAGCCCGUCGCGUAUAUUCCCGUGUCAUGGAAUUCCUGGACACCUUCGUACAUGCUGUUCGUGAUGCAUUUGGAACGUUGACCUCUGCCAAGGGCUUUGAUGCAAUCUCAGACUUGAUUGAUUUCGAAACCAAGUCGUCAUUCGACAAUGUCUCUCGAGGAGCAGGAAUACCCGCCUGCCACAAAACCCCGUCCAUUGAUUAUCAAAUCCCAUAUUUCCAACAACAGACUCUCCGCUGGAUGUUCCGAUUUGUCAAUCAUAUCAUGCAGCACAAUGGCGGUGGUUUUGAUAGGGUUCUUCGGAAUUUGAUCGACUCCCCCCAGCUGCUUACGUCUUUACGUCUCGUUCUUGAGAACGCCCAAGUGUUUGGCUCUCACGUGUGGAGUAAUGCAGUUAACAUUCUUAGCAGCUUCAUCCAUAAUGAACCAACUAGCUAUGCCGUUAUUGCGGAGGCCGGUUUAAGCAAGAGCUUUCUGGAAGCUAUUACUCUCUCCAAUCUUCACCCUCCGAAAACCUCACCGGUUGAGAGCGAAGGUGCUCAACCCUCAGGGGCUGACAGCGAGGAAGAGUCUAGCAGACCAUCCGGUGUGGGUGCUGCAUCUCUCGCAACAGAGGGCCAAAAACCGUGGGAGUAUACCAUCGCCAGGCCAAAGGAUGCGCGACUAGCUCCAGGUAUUAUGCCCGCAGCUGAAGCUCUCUCCUGUAUUCCUUCUGCAUUCGGUGCCAUUUGUUUGAAUGGAUCUGGCCUGGAACUUUUCCAAUCAUCCCGCGCCUUGGAAAGCUUCUUCGAGAUCUUCGAAAAUCCGGCGCAUGUCAGGUGCCUUAUCAAGGAUGAGACUAACUUGGUUCGCACCCUCGGCACUACUUUCGACGAGCUAGUUCGUCAUCACCCAGCCCUGAAACCUUCCAUUAUGACUGCGGUUAUUGUCAUGGUGGCACGCGUUGGCUUUUUGUGUAAAGCCAAGGCUUGGUCUUCUGGCCUGGGCGCCAAGUUGUGGAAUGAGGACUCGCAGGGUAACCCGGUUAUUUCAGGGGAGCCUUGGCAAUUGCUCAAAGCUAUCGGCUUUGAUAUUCGUAAGCAUGGUGGAUCUGAUGACAUCCGAGAUUUUGGUGUUCCCUGUAUCAACUCUGAUGCCCUUCUUCCCAACGGCGGAAGAAUGAAAGUCGGGGACGUGAGCCAGCUUCUUCCGGCCCCAGGUUCUCAAGUGGAUCCUAAUGAUGUGGACGCGGAUGGACUUGCUACGACGGACUAUCUAUACCCUGUGUUACGGUUCUUAGGUGCUUUCUUUGAAAAUCAAUCUAACUGCACACACUUCAUCGAGUCCGGAGGUGUCGAAUUUAUUCUUGAUUUUGCGACUUUGCAGAGUCUUCCGUUUGAUUUCCACAAUACCGAUGCCAACCAGGAACUUACGGUCCUAGUGCACAUGCUCGCAGAAACUAAGCCCCAUCUUGUUGUCCCGUCUCUCCUCUCUCGCACCGAGUUGACAAUAGAUAUGCUCGCCGAUUUUUGGAAGUCAUCGAUAAACCAUGGAUUCUUUACUCCUCUGAUCAAACUUGAAAAGGGAAUUGAACGAAAGGAUGAGGAGCCUCCUAGCUCGACUGAAGCUCCUCUCAAGACCGCAAAAGACAAUGGGACUUAUUUUGCUAAACAUAUGGUAGCUGCCCUUAUACUUCUGGAUCUUCUUCGUGAAGUAUAUUCAAUGCCGUUGUAUCAGACACGGCCGAGCCAACAGACAUCCGCCUUUGCUCAGGCCAAUCUAGCAGAUCGAUAUACUUCUCUUGUGAAUAAGUUGGGCAGCCUACAUGCAGCUUGUGUCUGGGAAGAGAUUUUGCUGGAGAAGAACAUUCCGGAUACUUGGGAUCAAGCCACGAAAGUUCAACCGGUUGGCCCCGACAGACCUAUCGAUAGUCCAGCACUUUUGACAGAAGGGGGAUCCAACCCACCUGCGUCCGAAACCCACCAAGACGGGGGGGCUAGUACUACCAAUCCUACUAACCCACCCAAUACCCAGCAGGCGAGUGACAGUUCUACCAAAGUUCCCGAAGGUGGCGUAGCAUUCAAGAAUGUGCAGGCCCUUCGUUUCCUUCUAAGCUCUCUACCUUCCUCAAUAACAGGGUUUUUCCAUAAUCUGGGGCUUUGCCUCAUCGGAAAGAGAAGGAUCGAUCCCUACCAGAAGCAGAAUGCGACUAUGGUAGCUGAGGUUAUUGCAGGAGCCGUGCUUGAGCAACUACAGUUCAAGCCCCCAAAUUCCAGUGACAAUUCUAAGCUCCGCUUCGCCUAUCUUAUUGUUAUUUUGUCAUCUUUCUCACACUUGCUGUUUGAAGCUACUACAGAUCGUCAUCAUUCUCACUACCUUACACUCGUCCUGUUUGCAUUUAAGAGAAACGGUGGUCUGAAGGUGUUGAAGGAUGUUUGCGAUCUUUUCGUGCGCGAGAUCAAGGCUCUUACACCACCGAACUCGGUACCUGACUCCGAGCAAGAGGUCUCGGCACGACUGACAUCUGCUUACGGGGGUAUCAAGAUCAUUCUCAGCUUUUUUGCUGAACUUGCUGCGGGAAAGAAUAUCGUUGACUCAAGCCAAACACAAGCCAUGACAGGUGGCGACCGGGAUCGUGGCCGCUCCGAUUACUUCCAACCGGGCCAGUUCUUGGUAGACCUUCGAAUGGAGAUUUUGCCAAUGGCUAGGGAUAUGUGGAACUCAGACUUUGCAACCCAAUCUACAAGCUCCGUUGUCAAAUGCCUCGUUGAUAUUUUGCGCUCGUCCCUUGAUGGUGAAUACGAAACGGGAGCGGCCCGACGUGCAGACCCGCAAUCCGCCCUGGCAGAUGUCCAAAGAAAGGGCUUCCUAAUCAACCGGGAUCGCAUUGCAUCAUUGCGGGAGAAAGGAUAUGAAGCCCGACUCGCUCAAGAGGCUCUUUAUCGCUGUAAUAAUGUUUAUCUUGCUGCUGAGGAAUAUUGCAAAGCGCAAAACUCUUUGCGCGCACCCGAGCUCAUGCCACCGCCGCCUAACGAUAUCGAGUCGGUUCGUUCUAGUACGACAUCUGCUGGCGAGGCAUCGGAAGAUUCGGCUGUUGGGGAUGCCCCGUCCUUCGACGCAGGCUCAUUCUUAGACCGCUCAGCUCUGUCCAUGUUCUUGGCUCAGGCUACUGCGCGCCCCUCAGAGGAUGGUCGGCGUCAAGAUCAAGGCCAAGGUCUGCCUGACGAAAACGAAGUUAGACAAAACACGGAAUUUUUAACAAGAACCCUCACCCAAAUUCUAACAGAGCACGCGGAUGGUGACCGGGAUGAUGCCCCGAUCACCAACCCCCAGAACCCAGACAAUGCUCUUCCAAGCAGCUCUUCUGAUGUGUUUGAACAGCGCCCUGAACAACAACAGCCUACAAGGCGCCGUGAUUUAAUUACUGUUGAAGACCUUGAUAAAGAACGUGAGCAGGUUCGCUCGAAUUUGAUCGAAAGAUGCUUGGAUGUGUUGAACGAGCAUCAUGAUGUAUCCUUUGAGUUGUCUGACCUGAUUGCCUCUGCCGUUAAAAAGCACCGUGACCCCGAAAGUUUCCGAAGGGAGGUUGGUGAGCUUCUUGUUCAGUCUCUGGUCUCAUUACAGAUGGAGAACUUUCAAACUGCCGGCAAGAAAGUGGCUGCCUACGCCCAUCUAUUAGCGCUGGUUGCCCAGGACAGAGAAAUGUACACUGCUACCCUCGGUGAGCUCAAAGAGUGCUUCACAACCUUCCUUCAAUUUAUCACAGUCUCUCCCGAGAAAUCCCCGGACGAGUCGUUCCCUUGGGUGGGCCACGUACUUCUCGUGCUGGAGAAGUUGCUAUCAGAUGACGCUCAACCGCCUCAGAUCCGCUGGGCUCUCCCCGAAAACGAGAAUGCAAAUGCGGAUGAUGAAGGUCCCGCACAGUUAGAAGAACCGCUUGUGUCAAAGGAUGAGAAAACGCAACUGUUUGAAGCUCUUGUCGAGAUUCUACCUAGAAUUGGGAAGGAUGACACGUUGGCUCUCUCGGUCUGUCGAAUCCUGGUGAUUCUCACUAGAACUCGCAGUAUCGCGGCUCAGCUCGGUGAGAAGCGAAACCUACAGCGCUUAUUCGUCAUGGUUAAGCAACUUUCAAGCUCUACAAAUGAGAAGCUCCAAGGGGCCUUCAUGCUCGUUUUGAGACAUAUCAUUGAAGACGAGGACACUAUUCGACAAAUUAUGACAAGCGAGAUUGUUGCCAACUUUGAAUCCAAAUCGUCUCGUCAAAUCGACACCACUGGCUAUGUUCGACAAAUGUAUCAUCUCGUCCUCCGAUCGCCGGAAAUCUUUGUGGAGGUAUCCAACGAAAAGCUCAAAUUGCAGCGAUAUGACAGCCGACAGCGUCCUCAGAUUCUGACGCUGAAGUCAGAAAAGAAGAGCGGAUCUGAUACAGUACCAGGUCCCGAUGAUACUGAUGGUGCAGACAAAAACAGUGGCAACAAAUCCGACAAUGCUGUCGCCGAAGACAAGGAUAAAGGCAAGACAACAGAGCUGAAGCCUCCAGUUGUUGAGAACCCGGAUGGUGUUAUUCACUAUCUGCUUUCCGAACUUUUAUCCUACAAGGAGGUUGAUGACAAAGAGCCUCCGGCAGAUAAUCCAGAUCCUUCUGUUCCCGACCAGUCAGAGACUCAGACCGAUGUGGAGAUGUCAACCGAUGAACCCGCCCCUUCUGUCGCGAGCACGGAUGUACAGGGCACCCGUAACUCCAAGAAGUCCGAGAAACCUACUUUUAAGGCGGAUGACCAUCCCAUUUACAUUUAUCGGUGCUUCCUACUUCAGUGCCUGACGGAGCUCCUGUCAUCAUAUAACCAGACGAAGGUUGAGUUUAUCAACUUCUCUCGCAAGGCCGAUCCUUUGGCCUCUACCCCUUCGAAGCCUCGCUCUGGAAUCUUGAACUACCUCUUGAAUGUGCUUGUGCCUGUUGGUACUAUGGAGCACGAUGAAUCCGUCGCAUUUAAGAAGCGUAGCAAUACUUCAGCUUGGACAAUGCGUGUUCUUGUUGCUUUAUGCACUAAGACUGGAGAAUUUGGCGGCCAUGGGAGGCGACGUAAUGACCAAACCAAGAACGAAGAGGAUGAACCGGAACUUGCAUUCGUGCGAAGAUUUGCCCUCGAGCAUGCCCUGCGCGCGUAUAAGGAAGCGAACGCAUCUAACGAGCCAUUGGAUCUUAAAUAUUCUCGGCUGAUGUCGCUGGCUGAUCUUUUCGAUAAGAUGCUAAGUGGUUAUGCCUUUGUUUCCGGAGAUACUGCCUUCCCAUCUUCCACGAAGCAACUUGCCAAGACCAUGUUCGAAAAACACUUCAUCUCUGCUCUUACAGCGUCCAUUGCUGAGAUUGACCUAAAUUUCCCGUCUUCAAAGAGGGUCAUCAAAUAUAUCUUGCGUCCUCUAAAUAAACUCACACAGACUGCCGUCAUUCUAAGCGAGACCUCGGACAUCUCCACUCUCGGUGACUCUGAAGAUGACGAGAUUUCUUCUGCUACUUCUGUUUCGGACAUAGAUGAUGAACGAGAAGAAACCCCUGACCUCUUCCGCCACUCUACUUUGGGCAUGCUAGAGCCUCGUCACGAAGAGGAGACAAGCUCUGAAGAAUCCGAGGAGGAGGAUGACGAAAUGUACGACGAUGAAUACGGAGAAGAAAUGGACUACGAGGAGGACAUGCCGGAAGAUGAUGGUGAGGUUGUUAGCGAUGAAGAGGAUGAUAUCGACGGCAUGGGUCCUGUUGAAGGUUUGCCAGGCGACACCGGGAUGGACAUCGAAGUUGUUAUCGACGAUGACGAUGAUGAGGAUGACGACGACGACGAUGAUGAUGAUGAUGACGACGACGAUGAAGAUCCAUCCGAUAUGGAUGAUGACGAGAUCCUCGCUGGCGAGAUUACUGGCGAUCGGGACAAUGAGAGCUUAGACCAAGGUGAGGACGAUGAAUGGGAGAGUGAGGACAUGUCCGAAGACGAUGAAGAAGUCGAUAUUAUGAACCAGUUGGAGGAUGAAUUGGCCGAUAUUAGACAGUCAGGUCAGCGUAACGAGGGACAGCGCCUUGAUGAUAUCUUCCGUGCCCUGAAUGAGGCUGCAGGUGGUGUUGAAGAUCUUCACGCGGAUAGUUUGGGCGAUCUACACGAUGACAUUGUUGACGAUGAUCUGAAUGAAGAUGACGAAGAUGAAGAGAUUGAUGAGCUUGAAGAAGAGCUGGAAGACGCUGAUGAAGACCAAGGCUCUUACCAAGGGUUCGACGAUGACGAAGAUCUCAUUGAUCCUUGGGGCUGGGAUGGCGAGGAGCCUCCAUUGCCCCGCGGCCAUCAUCAUCACCGGUUCCGCGGCCCGCAUCCAACAUGGGCUGCAGUUACCGGAAUCAUGCCUAACCGUGGAAUUGUCCCUAUCCAACCUUACCGUUUGCACCGAACCCAAAUUCCAGCUCGUGGUAAUGAUGAUGGAACAAAUCCCCUUCUCGUCCGAUCCGAUCGGGGCCCCGAGGCAUCUGGACAGCGUCGUGGCACAGGAAACGAAGCAUUUACAGAUUGGGUACAUGGCAUGGAACCCGUUUCAACUGGCCGUUUGCUACCUAUGGACAGCCCCGUGAGCUUCAUGAAUGCUAUUAUGCAAGCCAUUGGUGGACAGAAUGCUCCUGGGUUUGGAGUGAUCACUCGUCCUGAUGGAAUUCAUGUCCAUGUGGAUCGACAUGCCAUUUUACCAAACCGAAUUCAGGAUAUUUUCGGGCUAGGUAGACCUCAGGCACCUCCAGCUCGGACACGUGAUGACCCUUCUCAAGCGGUUAGCUUUGCUUUGGCAACAACUAGAAGCCGUUGGCAAGAGGAGGCCCGCAUCCUGUUCAGCACCACUUACGUUGAAAAAACACAACGCGUGGUCAAUUCACUCCUAAAAAUGCUCGUGCCUCCGGCUAUCGAAGAAGAGAAGCAACGGGAGCGGCAGAAUCUCAUUCGAAAGCAAGAAGAGCGUGAACGGCAAGAACGCAUCUCCAAGGAGGAGGAAGAGAGAGAGCGCAAGCGUAAGGAAGAAGAAGAGAAUGUUCGCCAACAGCAAGAAAGAGAGCAGCAAGCUGCAGAGCGUCAAGUAGGAGGUAUUGUCCUAGAGCCCAUGGACAUUGUACAGCCACCUGGGCCCACUGGUGAAGCCCUCGCUGCUCAACAACCAUCCCAAGCCGGUACUGGCCCAGCUGAGCCUGUUCCUCGACUCCACACAACCAUAAGAGGCCAGCAAGUGGAAAUCACCGGCAUAGAAAUCGACCCCGAAUAUCUUGAGGCCUUACCUGAAGAGCUGCGUGAGGAAGUGAUAAUGCAACAGAUAGCGGAGCAGCGAUCUCAGGCUGCUGCCGCUGGUGAAGAACCUAGCGAAAUAAAUCCCGAGUUCCUAGAGGCCUUGCCCCCAGAGAUUCGGGAGGAGCUGCUGCAACAAGAAGCUGUUGAUCGUCGUCGUCGGGUACGUGAGACUGCACGUAGACAAACGACUACGACGACAACGACAGGUGGUACUCCUGCCCAUGCGGAAGAUAUGGAUGCGGCCAGCUUCCUUGCCAGCUUGGAUCCUUCUCUACGGCAGGCUGUUCUUGCUGAUCAACCAGAGGAAAUCCUCGCAACCAUCGGCCCCGAGUUUGUUUCUGAGGCCCGCGCUCUUCCCGGAAGAAGACUGGCACAGUUUGGUGAUAUUCCCCGAAUGGAUCAUCGCAACAGGAAUGAGCAAGCCGAUGAUCAAGAACCCAAGAAACAACAGCGCCGCCAGAUCGUUCAAAUGCUGGACAAAGCUGGUGUUGCUACCUUACUCCGGUUGAUGUUCAUGCCUCUUCAGGGAAAUGCUCGCCACCAGCUGAACGAUAUUCUUCACAAUGUUUGCGAAAAUCGUCAAAAUCGGAUUGAGGUGAUAAGCUUGCUUCUUUCCGUUCUGCAGGAUGGAAGUGCAGAUGUCUCCGCAAUCGAACGUAGUUUCGCUCAACUGUCUCUACGUGCCAAACCCUCGUCUGUCCAAAAGACUCCGCAGUCUGCCAAACGGAGUCUCGGCUUCCAAACUUCCUCAAAUGUCAGCAAUGAGGUUACGCCAAUCAUGGUUGUACAACAAUGUUUGGGAACUCUGUCAUUCUUGUCCCAGUACAAUCCCCACAUUGCAUGGUUCUUUUUGACGGAACAUGACCCGGCUUCGACUCUGAAGUUGAAAGCAUUCCGUAAAGGCAAGGCCAAGGAAAAUAAGGCUAACAAGUUUGCGCUCAAUGCACUGCUUUCUCUACUUGACCGGAAAUUGAUAUUAGAGAGCCCUAACUGCAUGGAGCAGCUUUCAAGCUUGCUCGGCAGCAUCACUCAGCCUCUUACUCUGCUACUCCGUCGUGAGAAAGAAAAGCAGGCGGAGGAAGAAAAGGGCAAGGAGCCUGAGCGCCCCGCGGAGACUGAACCAGAACAGCCGGGGCAACUGCCAGGAGCUACAGAACCUGCAGGCGCUGCGGCGGAUACCGCUAUGACCGAUGCUCCUGCUCCUGAAAUGACGGGGCCACAAACUACUGAGACAUUAGAACAGCCUCAAGACAGUACUUCAGCAGAACCCGACCCCGAUACUGCCAAGAGUACCACUGAAGACGAGAAGCAUAAGAGGAGGUCCAUUGAGCCGCCAGUUGUUCCUGACCAUAACUUGAAGCUGGUUGUUCAUAUCCUUGCUGCCCGCGAGUGUAACGGAAAGAUUUUUAGAGAUACACUUUCCACCAUCAACAACCUUUCGGCUGUCCCUGGUGCUCGAGACGUCAUUGGAAACGAGCUAGUCAGCCAGGCCCAGACUUUGAGCACUACAAUCCUGACUGACUUGGAUGAAUUGAUAUCCCAUAUUCACCAAGCUCACACUGGCACGGACAUGCAAGGCCUCGCUCUUGCAAAGUUCUCUCCCGCUAGCUCUGACCAGGCCAAGGUACUCCGCGUCUUGACAGCACUUGACUAUCUGUUCGAUCCAAACCGUGCGGACAAAGUCAGGGGAAGUGAAUCUGAAGGAACAGCACGGGAGGAUGUUCUCCAGACCUUGUAUGAAAGCUCGACUUUCGGACCGCUGUGGACUAGGCUAAGCGAGUGCUUGACCCUCAUCCGCCAGAAGGAGAAUAUGAUGAACGUUGCUACAAUCCUUCUACCUCUGAUUGAGGCACUCAUGGUUGUUUGUAAGAACACCACGCUCAAGGAUACUUCUAUUGCUCGCAAUAGCCGAGAGCUAUCGGUCUCAAGCACCUCAGCUGAUGGAGGCGUGAGCAUGGAGAGUCUCUUCUUCAAGUUCACUGAAGAACAUCGCAAGAUUCUUAACGAGCUGGUUCGACAAAACCCACGGCUAAUGAGUGGCACCUUCUCAUUGCUCGUCAAGAACCCCAAGGUCUUAGAGUUUGACAACAAACGCAACUACUUCACUCGCCGGCUACAUUCACGCGGAGCGGAGCCUCGCCACCCCCACCCACCUCUGCAGCUGUCUGUGCGAAGAGACCAGGUAUUCCUAGACUCAUUCAAAUCUCUUUAUUUCAAGUCAGCCGAAGAAUUAAAGUACGGUAAAUUGAAUGUCCGCUUCCAUGGUGAGGAGGGUGUUGAUGCAGGUGGUGUGACACGAGAAUGGUUCCAGGUUCUCGCACGCGGCAUGUUCAAUCCAAAUUAUGCGCUCUUCAUUCCGGUUGCUGCUGAUAGAACUACAUUUCAUCCAAACCGUUUGAGUGGCGUCAAUUCCGAGCAUCUCAUGUUUUUCAAAUUCAUUGGACGGAUCAUUGGAAAGGCUUUGUACGAAGGCCGAGUCCUCGACUGCCACUUCAGUCGGGCAGUGUACAAGUGCAUCUUGGGUCGUAACGUGUCCAUCAAGGACAUGGAGACACUGGAUCUGGACUACUACAAAUCUCUGCUUUGGAUGCUCGAGAAUGACAUCACGGACAUCAUCACAGAGACUUUCGCUGUUGAGACAGAUGACUUUGGAGAGAAGCAGGUGAUUGAUCUGGUCGAGAAUGGUCGGAAUAUUCCAGUCACCCAGGAGAACAAGGAAGAGUACGUGCAACGAGUGGUCGACUAUCGUCUCGUUGUUUCAGUCAAAGAACAAUUGGACAAUUUCCUCAAAGGAUUCCAUGAAAUUAUUCCCCCCGAGUUAAUUUCCAUCUUCAACGAACAGGAGCUUGAGCUCUUGAUCUCUGGUCUACCUGAGAUUGAUGUGGAUGAUUGGAAGGCCAACGCUGAGUACCACAAUUACUCAGCUUCGUCACCUCAAAUCCAGUGGUUCUGGCGAGCUGUGCGCUCAUUUGACAAGGAAGAACGCGCCAAGUUAUUGCAGUUCGUCACCGGUACCAGUAAAGUGCCUCUCAAUGGCUUCAAGGAACUUGAGGGUAUGAAUGGUGUCAGCCGUUUUAACAUUCAUCGCGAUUAUGGCAACAAGGAUCGCUUGCCAAGCUCGCACACAUGCUUUAAUCAACUGGACCUUCCAGAGUAUGAUAGCUAUGAGACUUUGCGACAACGCUUGUAUACCGCCAUAACUACUGGUAGUGAAUAUUUCGGCUUUGCAUAAGUCGAUAAUUAUACUUUUCUAAUCACCGCCGAUGAUGAUGCCUCACUAAUGGUUCUACGUUGAAUAUCUGGGUUCGUCGAUUCAUUUUACAUUCUGUGUUACCUGCGGUGUCCCUUUUCCUCGUUCUAAUGCCCAAGCAUUUGACGGCGUUCAACACACAUGUCUCUUCUUUACAUCACUUAGUCUGUUUGUAUGUACAAAUCUGGUCUUUUUUUUUCCCCUUUCCUUUCUUUCGUUUCAGGAAGGAGUGAUGGUGAACUGCUACCGAUCCUAGUCGAAGUGCAGGUCAGCUGGGGCCGGGAAUGCAGGUUAUCAUUCAUUGUGCUUUUGUUUUUCUUUCAUAUACUUCGUUCGGCCGUGUCUUUUCUGGAAUCAAAAGCGUUUUCUGUUUAUUAGGACCCCGUCACACGUAGGGUAAAUCUGUCCAGUCAGGUAAAUCCUUUUUUACCCUGUAGUUCAAGGCU